UUCAGUUAUUUAUUAGCCGGCAUUGAGUGACAUCAUGUCUCUAGAACAGAUUUUUGGUAAUCUUAGUUUGUGGGCUUCUUUGCCGGGCUUUCUUCUCUACUAUUUAUUUGUUAGUUCCUUCGAGCACAACGAUCCUGAAGGGCAUGUCACCGAUACGACGACUUUCUUAAGUGAAUAUGAUUUCAUUGUCAUUGGAGCCGGAUCGGCUGGAGCCGUUGUAGCUAACCGACUUACUGAGGUAUCGGACUGGAACGUUCUGUUAUUAGAGGCCGGCGGAGACGAGGGGUUCAUGACGGACAUUCCCGGUGCAGUCCAACUCCUUCAACGCACCAGAAUUGAUUGGCAGUACAAAACAGUGGCACAGACCAAAUCGUGCCUUGGAUUUAAUGAUAACAAAUGUAACUGGCCUCGCGGAAAAAUCUUAGGCGGUUCAUCCGUCCUAAAUUACAUGUUGUACGUUAGAGGAAACAAACUAGACUACGACUCCUGGGCUGUGGAUAACCCAGGAUGGUCCUACGACGAAGUUCUGCCUUAUUUCAUCAAAUCGGAAGACAACCGGAAUCCUUACAUUGCCGCCAAUACGAAAUAUCACGGAACGGGUGGCUAUCUGACUGUUCAGGAACCGGCGUAUACUACACCACUCGCGACGACUUUUGUGGAAGCCGGAGUAGAAUUGGGUUACGAGAAUAACGACGGCAAUGCUGCCCAGCAAACUGGUUUUAUGUUGGCUCAAGCUACGAAUCGGAGAGGACACAGAUGUUCGACAGCAAAGGCCUUCCUGCGGCCCGUCCGUCACCGCUCUAACCUUUUCAUAUCCAUGCACUCACGAGUACUGAAGAUCAUCAUCGAUCCAAUAACUAAACAGGCCACAGCUGUCCGUUUUGAGAAAAACGGACAAGUUUACCAAAUUCAAGCGACAAAGGAGAUCAUUCUUUCUUCCGGAUCGGUCAACAGUCCGCAGUUGUUAAUGUUGAGCGGAAUUGGUCCAGAAGAUCACCUCAAAUCUCUUAACAUUCCAGUGAUAAAAAGUCUACCAGUAGGAGAUAACCUUCAGGACCACAUUGCUCUGGGUGGCAUGGUGUUUACAAUAGAUAAGCCGUUUGGUACGAUGGAAUCACGUUAUUAUACGUUACCGGCAUUACUGAACUAUGCAAUCAACUCAGCUGGACCCAUGGCGUCAUUGGGUGGCUGUGAGGGCCUGGCUUGGGUCAAAACAAAAUACGCAGACCAGACAAUUGAUUUCCCCGACAUUGAAUUCCAUUUUGUUUCUGGAACACCAGCGUCUGACAGCGGAACUACCAUCCACUUAAAUAACGGCGUCCGUCCAGAUAUUUGGGAAAGUUAUUACAAGCCGGUGUUGGACAAGGACAUGUGGCAAGUGAUUCCCACGUUACUCCGUCCAAAAUCAAGAGGAACAAUACGACUGGCCUCCAGCGAUCCUUAUGCUCCUCCUGUGAUCGACCCACAAUAUUUCACUGACAAAGAUGACUUGGACCUCAAAACUAUCAUAGAAGGAACCAAAAUCGGAUUGGCUCUUAGCAAAACGGAAGCCUUCACAAAGGUGGGAACAAAAUUCUACGACAAAAUCUUCCCCGGAUGUGAAGACUUCACUCCAUGGACGGACGAUUAUUGGGGCUGUUUCAUCCGCCACUAUUCCUCCACCAUUUACCAUCCGGCUGGCACCUGCAAGAUGGGCAAGGAAGAUGAUCCAACGGCCGUCGUCGAUUCUCAGUUGAGAGUCUACGGAAUAAAAGGAUUGCGAGUUGUAGACUGUUCCAUCAUGCCUAAUGUCGUAUCCGGCAAUACCAACGCCCCCACGAUUAUGAUCGGAGAGAAAGCAUCAGACAUGAUCAAAGCAGACUGGCUGGUGAGGAAUUAAGUCGCCGGAAGCGCGCGGAAUGGAAACCAGUCCAACUUGAAAGGGAAAAGGCCCUCCCGUUCAUAUAAUGAAUCAAUUAUUGAACACGGCGUACUACUGCGUAUGUCACUGCCGUGAAUUUCCUUGCCGAUUCCUCUAUGUUUACUGUAAAUUAUUUAUUUAUUGAUGUUUAACAAUUCAUUUUGAUUUUUAAACCCUUUUACUGCGUUCACGACGGGAAUUUUAUAACUUUCCGUUGCAGUAUACUCAUUUCACCACAGAUGUUUAACCAAUCAGGGCACGACGUAAUGUGCGACUCACGAACAAGAAUGGUGGGAUUCCCCCUAUAAAGUGUUGACCUAGAAAAUGUUGUUUCCGUCACUGUUAACAGCUAUUUUCAAUAUACAUUUUGAAUCGAA